AUGGAAAGGGAUCAAGUUGCUGGAUUUUGCAACUCUCCUCCUUACUUUGACGGAAACAACUAUGCUGCAUGGAGAGAAAAAUUUGAGAUAUUCCUUGAUGCCCUUGAUAAGUAUGCAAGUGAGUAUCUCACAAAAGAGUGGGUUGCUCCAGUCAAGACUGUUGAGAGUAAAGUUGUCCGCAAGCCUAGGUUGGAAUGGACUGAAGCUGAGGCUUGGGAUAAACUAAGAGUGGUUCAUGAAGAGGAUGACCAAGUUAGAACCCUAAAACUACAUAUGGUGCUUGCACAAUUUGAAGAACUUAGGAUGUCUGAAACUGAGUCUAUUUCUGAGUUCUAUGGGAGAGUUGAAAUGAUCACAAAUGAAGCCAUGAGUCUUGGUCAACCUAUUGAAGAGCUUUUUGUUGUUCAGAAAAUCCUUCGUGUUCUGCCAUCUAGGUUUAAAGCAAAGAAAGCCGCAAUCAUGGAGGUCCAAAACUUAAAUGAAAUUAAGCUUGGCAAGCUUGAUGAGAUGGGUUUGUUUGUCACAAAAUUUAGGAGAAUUCUUAAGGAUAAAGGAAAGUUUGCUAGAGAGGGCAGCUCUGGUAGUGAGAGACAAUUUAGACCAUCAACUGAUCGGUCUAAUGAGAGGAACAAGGAUGUCAAACCUUUCACUAAAGAUUUUAUAAAAUCAGUCAAGUGCUUCACUUGUGGAGGCAUUGGGCACUAUGCUACCAACUGUGCAAACAAUCAGAAAAAAUACUCCAAAGGAAAGGACAAAGCCAUGAAAGUGAGCUGGAGUGAGAGUGAAAGUGAAGUAUCUCAAGAGGAUUCAUCUUCCUUUGAUGAUGAUGACCAACAAGUUGCCUUUGUUGCCUCUGUGCAGCUGGUGUCUGAUGAAUCUGAUUCUGAGUUAGAUGACUUGUCAUACGAGUCAUUAGGAAGAAAAUAUGAUUGCUUGUUCAAAGAGACAUUUUCCUUCAAAGAAGAAUGUCUCAAACUUGAGGCCAAUAACCGAGAUCUUCAACAUGAAAUUCUCAUCUUAAAAGAAACCAAAAAGGAGUUGAGUGACAAAUUUGAGUCUCUAGAAAAAGAAAUUGUUGCACUUGUGUCAAUUAGGAGUAAUCUUGAAAAUCAAGUUAAUGUGCUCAAGGAGAGUAACAUUGGUUUUCAAAACUCAAACAACAGCUCCUAG